AGGCCGAGGAGGCGGGACAGGCAGACAGCGGCUACUUGGUCAGUUCGUUUGGCGCGGUGCUUGGGAACUCAGUAUAGUGGGGUCCCACUUCCUGAUGAUCCCCACUGGCAGGAGGCUGGGCCGGGUACGAGAGCCGAGAACCGCAACACCUCGCUGGCACCUUCCAGGCCCCUUCCGUCAGAACUUGAACAGGGCUCCACCUGGCGAUCCCCUGUGCCCUCGCCCCAACCCUAGCGCCCGAUAGCCGCUCCCUGUCCUGCCUAGAGUGUCCGGGACCAUCUGUCCCCGUCCCCACCGCGGCCACAGGCCCCAGCGCCUCUAGCAACCGCCCUUUUCCGGUCUGGUCCGUGGAGGUGAUUGGUUACCAUGGUGAAGCUGGCAGCCAAAUGCAUUCUGGCAGGAGACCCCGCAGUGGGCAAGACCGCCCUGGCGCAGAUCUUCCGCAGCGAUGGAGCCCAUUUCCAGAAGAACUAUACCCUGACCACAGGCACGGAUUUGGUGGUGAAGACGGUGCCAGUUCCUGACACAGGGGACAGCGUGGAGCUCUUCAUCUUUGACUCUGCUGGCAAGGAGCUGUUUUCUGAAAUGCUGGAUAAAUUGUGGGAGAGUCCCAAUGUCUUGUGUCUCGUCUAUGAUGUGACCGAUGAGCAGUCCUUCAGCAACUGCAGUAAGUGGCUGGAGAAGGCGCAGUCACAGGUGCCAGGCACCUCCCUCCCAGGCGUGUUAGUGGGCAACAAGACGGACCUGGCCAGCCGGCGAGUGGUGGAGCCGGCUCAGGCCCGGGCGUGGGCGCUGGGCCAAGGCCUGGAAUGUUUCGAAACAUCCGUGAAGGAGAUGGAGAACUACGAAGCCCCCUUCCAGCACCUGGCCCGGCAGUUCCACCAGCUGUACCAGGAGAAGGUGGAGGCUUUCCGCGCGCUCGUGUGAGGGGCCGCGUGCUGCCGGCCGCCUGGCAGUGGG